CUGGCUGCGCUAGGACCCUCGGCCGCUGGCCGCCGGGGCGGAGUGGCCAGGGAGGAGCGGGAGCCGGAGGGCCUGGGAGCCCGGCGCUGGCCGGAGUGCGGCGCGGCAUGCGGCUGCGGGAGCCCGCGUGAGGGUGUCGGCCUGGGGCCCCGCCAUGGCUGGCAAGGACAGUGGCAACCUGAAGACGGUGAGGCUGUGGCGGGAUGCCGCCCUGCGCGCCAGGAAGCUGCGGAGCAACCUGCGCCAGCUGACCCUAAGCGCAGCCGGGGGCUGCCCCGAGGCCGGAGCCGAUCCACUGGAGUCCCCGGACACCCCCCAGCUGGUGCUGCCGGCCAACAUCGGAGACAUUGAGGUGCUGAACCUGGGGAACAACGGCCUGGAAGAGGUGCCUGACGGGCUAGGGUCGGCGCUGGGGAGCCUGCGCGUCUUGAUCCUGCGCAGGAACCGCUUCGCCCGGCUGCCCCCUGCUGUGGCCGAGCUGGGCCACCACCUCACCGAGCUGGACCUGAGCCACAAUCGGCUGACCGCCCUGGCCGCGGAGGUUGUGAAUGCCCUAAGGGAGCUGCGCAAACUCAACCUCAGCCACAACCAGCUGCCCUGCCUGCCCGCCCAGCUGGGCUCCCUCGCCCACCUGGAGGAGCUGGAUGUCAGCUUCAACCGGCUGACGCACCUGCCCGACUCCCUCUCCUGCCUCUAUCGCCUGCGCACCCUCGACGUGGACCACAACCAGCUCACUGCCUUUCCCCGGCAGCUGCUGCAGCUGCCGGCCCUGGAGGAGCUGGACGUGUCCAGCAACCGGCUGCGAGGCCUACCUGAGGAUAUCAGUGCCCUGCGUGCCCUCAAGAUUCUCUGGCUGAGCGGGGCUGAGCUGGGCACCCUGCCUAAUGGCUUCUGCGAGCUGGCCAGUUUGGAGAGCCUCAUGCUAGACAACAAUGGCCUGCAGGCUCUGCCUGAACAGUUCAGCCACCUUCAGCGACUCAAAAUGCUCAACCUCUCCUCCAAUCUCUUUGAGGAGUUCCCUGCUGCGCUGCUGCCCCUGGCUGGUCUGGAGGAGCUCUACCUUAGUCGAAACCAGCUCACCUCAGUGCCAUCCCUUAUCUCCGGGCUGGGCCGGCUUCUUACCCUGUGGCUGGAUAAUAACCGCAUCCGCUACCUGCCAGACUCCAUUGUGGAGCUGACUGGGCUGGAGGAGCUGGUGCUGCAAGGGAACCAGAUCGCUGUGCUGCCUGACAACUUUGGCCAGCUCUCCCGGGUGGGCCUGUGGAAGAUCAAGGACAAUCCAUUGAUCCAGCCCCCCUACGAGGUUUGCAUGAAGGGGAUCCCCUACAUUGCCGCCUACCAGAAGGAGCUGGCUCAUUCGCAGCCUGCGGUGCAGCCACGCCUCAAGCUGCUCCUCAUGGGCCACAAGGCUUCAGGAAAGACCUUGCUCAGGCACUGCCUCACCGAGGAGAGAGUGGGGGGAAACCAAGGAGGAGGCGACAAGGAGAAGAGCUACCCACCUUCUCCUCCCCCUGGGAGCAAGGGCAUCGAGGUGACUAGCUGGACGGCGGAUGCUUCCAGGGGCCUGCGGUUCAUCGUGUAUGACUUAGCUGGUGAUGAAAGUUACGAAGUGAUCCAGCCCUUCUUCCUCUCCCCAGGCGCCCUAUAUGUGCUGGUGGUCAACUUGGCCACCUAUGAACCAUGCUGCUUUCCCACCACUGUGGGCUCCUUCUUGCAUCGGGUGGGGGCGCGGGUGCCCCAUGCCGUGGUGUGCAUUGUGGGCACACAUGCUGACCUGUGUGCCGAGCGGGAGUUGGAGGAGAAGUGUCUGGACAUUCACCGCCAGAUUGCCCUACAGGAGAAGCACGACGCAGAGGGCUUGAGCCAUCUAGCCCGGGUGGUGGAUGAGGCCCUAGCUCGGGACUUCGAGCUGCGCUCUGCCAGCCCUCAUGCAGCCUACUAUGGUGUUUCGGACAAGAACCUUCGGCGACGCAAAGCUCAUUUUCAGUACCUGCUUAACCACCGGCUGCAGAUCCUCUCACCCGUGCUGCCUGUUAGCUGCUGGGACCCCCGCCUAUUGCAGCGUCUUCGGGACAAGCUGCUUUCGGUAGCUGAACACCGAGAGAUCUUCCCCAACUUACACAGAGUCCUGCCUCGGUCCUGGCAGGUGCUGGAGGAACUUCAUUUCCAGCCGCCCCAGGCCCAGCGACUUUGGCUAAGCUGGUGGGACUCAGCGCGCCUGGGCCUGCAGGCUGGUCUGACUGAGGACCGGCUGCAGAGUGCCCUUUCCUAUUUGCAUGAGAGCGGCAAGCUGCUCUACUUUGAGGACAGCCCAGCCCUCAAGGAGCACGUCUUCCACAACCUCACCCGCCUCAUCGACAUCCUCAAUGUCUUUUUCCAGAGGGAUGCUUCCUUGCUGCUGCAUAAACUGCUUCUGGGGACCAGUGGAGAGGGUGAGGUCGAGGGGGAAAGCUUCCCUGCUAUGGCACUGCCCACUCCGAACCAGGACGUGCUCCGGGCCACCCAGCUCCAUCAUUAUGUGGAGGGCUUUCUGCUGCAUGGGCUCCUGCCAGCCCACGUCAUUCGGUUGCUGCUUAAGCCUCAUGUUCAGGCCCAGCAGGACUUGCAACUGCUGCUGGAGCUGCUAGAGAAGAUGGGACUCUGCUACUGCCUCAAUAAACACAAGGGCAAGCCUUUGAAUGGCUCAACAGCUUGGUACAAGUUCCCGUGCUAUGUGCAGAACGAAGUGCCUCAUGCAGAGGCCUGGAUUAAUGGGACCAACCUAGCUGGCCAGUCUUUUGUGGCUGAGCAGUUGCAGAUUGAAUAUAGUUUCCCCUUUACCUUUCCACCUGGGUUGUUUGCACGCUACAGUGUCCAGAUCAACAGCCAUGUGGUGCACAGGUCGGAUGGAAAAUUUCAGAUCUUUGCAUAUAGGGGUAAAGUUCCUGUGGUGGUGAGUUACAGACCCGCCAAGGGGGUCCUGCAGCCAGAUACUCUGUCUAUUGCUAGCCAUGCAUCAUUACCAAAUAUAUGGACCGCGUGGCAAGCCAUCACCCCCUUGGUGGAGGAACUCAAUGUCCUGCUUCAGGAAUGGCCCGGACUGCACUACACUGUGCACAUCCUCUGUUCUAAGUGCCUUAAGAGAGGAUCGCCCAAUCCACAUGCUUUCCCAGGGGAGUUGCUGAGCCAGCCUAGACCAGAAGGAGUAGCAGAGAUCAUUUGCCCCAAGAAUGGCAGCGAGAGAGUGAAUGUGGCCUUGGUUUACCCACCUACACCAACUGUGAUCAGCCCCUGUUCCAAGUAUCUUCAUACUUUCUUGGAAAAUUAAGUGGAAAAGAUAGUGCUUAUUUCCCUUAUACCAUCGUUUUUACUGUACCCAAUCUGUGACUUUAGGAGCACCAAGUUUUAAGGAAUUCAGCCAUGAAUCCAUCAGGACCUGGGCUUUUCUUUGUCGGAAGAAUGUUGGUGAAAAGCACAGAAACCAGUGACUUUUCUGGCUGCGGGGUUUCCAUGGAGAAAACCGAGCAGUGGGACCCACUGUCCCAUCUUCUUCUGUUCAUGGCACGCCCUCCAAGUCCCGAGCAUGCGUGGUGAGACCAGUGAAGAUGCACCCGGGGUGCUUUGAGCCGCCCUGGAGGGGCACGGGAAGGAUGGGAGAGAACAUGGAGCAAACGUUUCACAAACUGAACCUCAGAACUGUGAUCCUCUAAGGAAAGCGCUACUUGAAGAAGAGUCGAAUGGCUUCUCAGGGAUUUUGUUUUCUGUGCACACAUAAGCCAUAGUUACAGUACAGGUGGCAGUAUUUAGGGCACUUCGGUUUCAGUUCUGUUCAAUGUGAAAGAGGGAUCGACCGACGUUCAUUGCUGUUCCGUAACUAGUGUAAGAUAUGUAUAUGUUUAUCUUUAUUUUUAUAAUAUGCAAAUACCUUUAAAUUUAUACAGUUUGAAGCUUCUAGCAUCAGUUAACACUGGGUGCAAUAUUUUGCAUGAGAACUGUGCCAAGAUGGGGCUGAUUCCUUAUUUUAGACAUUUUUGUUCUUUCUUUAUUCUUUAAUAUUCCUUUUGAGUUUAAAAAGAAAAAAUGAGAUAACUGUCAGCCCAUGGACUUAAUGUUGAUUCACAGAGGUUGCCAGUAAUGAACAAGAUCUUUCUCCAUGUGCUUCAGACCCAUCUCUUCAUUAAUGUCCUUGCCUGUAGGUUAGUGGGUUGAUGGCAGGAUUAUUCCUGUUUUCUCCCCACCUAUAAUUAGUGCAGGGCAAAGGUGGGGUACUUUUGGGGGCCAAAGAGGACAAAAAGUCCACAAAAAACCUGAGUCUUUCAAUAAUUUAGAUAAUCAAGAGUCAAUUCUGAAUCAUGCUGGCUUCUCUGCUAAUACACAUCUUGCUUUUCUAGAACAGGGUCUACAGUCUAGCAGAAUGCUUUGUGAACCCUCCACACCUGGCUGUGGGACCUUCAGGUAGAAAGCUGCCUAGUUGAGGAGCCCAAUCCUACACUGGCCAUUUAUUCAUACAGAAUCUCUUAUUAUGCACUUUACCAUCCAGACCUGGUAAAACGCUGGUUUUGAAAUCCUUAGGAGGUAAAACUUAAAAAGCAAACCCAACAAAUUGCUCUUCAGUCUCCUGCUUGGGGCUAAACAGCAUCUGCUAUAGAAGUAACACAUUCUUUGAAGAAUGCGAAGACUCUGUUUACAUCUGCCUCCUCCCCAUGCAGAUAGUGUGUAAAACUAACCUUCUCUCACCAGUGUCACACAAUAAAAGUGACUCUGCUGGUAUUACUCUUUCCCUUCAUUUAUAAAGUAUUGACUCUUGGAAUGCCACAAGACACAAAGUCUCCAUAUACUUCAAAAAGAAUAUAAGUGGCUGCAUUUUGAGAAAUCUCAGUUGAUUUUAAUAGCAAACUUUGUGCCCCAGGAGUUAAUUUCACCUACUCCAGAGCCCCAGUUACACAAGUAUGAUUUCCUGUGAUCAUACAAUCAAGUAGGAUUAGACUAUUUUUCUAUUUUUAAUACUUGAAUAUGACAGCUCAAGUUUGAGAUUUUAUUUUCCUUUUAGAACACAGUCACAAGAUUCAUCUGGUUAAUCCUUUGGUCACAGUUCUCGUGUGUGUAUAUGUGUGUUUGUGUGUGUGUGUAUAGGUGUAAAUGUAAACUGAAUGUUAACAUUUAAUUGCUUUAUGGACCACUGAAUUGUUAGGCAGUAAGAAUUUUUUAAUUGGUAUGAGAAGGUUCCUUACAUCAGCCAGUUCUGACCAGUCUGUGGAUAAAGGCAUUCAAGUGUGUGACUUUGGGCUCCCUCCCCAGAAGGCCAUGUUAAAUGAAAUGCUGCCCCUUUGGGUGGUACAGCCUGCAAAGUGUUUGCUAUUUUCAUGAACAUCAAUGCUCACGUUCUUAGUAUGUGCUGUUUUUUCAUACAUGAUGUUUUAUGUUGUCAUCUGAACCCUGGAGAAGCAAUGUAAGAGCUAAGCUUGGUGUCAAGUAUGUUUUGGCCUAAGAGCUGGUGUGAUAGAGGGUCCUGUGACCACAGUAAGCUCCGGAACAGCCUGAGAACUUGCUUCAGCAUGGGGAGAGGGUGGAGAUACAGAAACACUCUGCUCUGCGGGAGUUUUUGCCAUCUAUGUAGAAAAUUCCAUUUUCUCUUUCAACACCCUGAAAGACUCAACAACCAGCCGAGGCUAACAAGCAAUUCACUAAGCACAAGAGGAAUUUUUGUCCAACCAAGGAGUCCCUGGCCUCUCAAACAAAUGCCCUCCAAGUUUGUUAUGGUUUCUAUUCCUGCAACUUGUGGUAUCAAAGCCACUUCCUGGAAUUGUCAAAGUGCUGCCAGAAUAAAUGUUUUCCCCCUUCUAAGAAAAAAAGAAAAAUGACAGUGCUCAUAUUUGAUGCUUGUGUAUUGGACUCUGUUUAGAAUGAGUAAGGAGGAAAGGGACCGAUGUGAUUCCUGACGGCAUGUGUUGUUUUUCUGCCACAAUCUGUGAAUUGUAAUUGUAGUUUCCAAGUUUGUUGUAACCAGACAGACAUUUUUUUAAAAAAGAAAAAAUUCAAUAAAAAUACAAAGAAAUGGCUAAGCAAUAAUA